CGUAAUAUGUUUUUUAACUGAUAUAUUUUUUAAGACUUUAAAGAUAAUAGAUAUACAGGCUUGACAGUGGACACCGGUCAGCAAGCUGUGGUCUACAUUUCUUCAGUUCUUUUGGUUGUUCAUCAAUCGUCGGUGGUCGAUGUUCCUGGAGAUUGAAAACGGCCAUUGCACUCAAGACUCAAGCACACACUCGUCUCCGCUACUUCAUCGGUAUAUAGAACGAUAGGGAAUCAUGAGCAACUACACUAUGGACGUCGAUGUGGCGAAAGUCGGUUGUCCCGUCCCAAAAAUGGACGAAGUUAAAAAAGAGCUCCUCAUCAGCAUGAACGAACUGUACGCCCGGGGUCUGAAAACCAGCUGCCAGUGGUCUUCAGAUCUUCUUCUAUCACUUGAGGUCGGCAACAAUUCAAAACCUUUACCAAAAAAAAUCGAAGGGUACAAGAGACCAAAAGUCACCCGUAGCUGUCUAAUCUCUGUAUCCAAACGUAUGUCGGUUUCAAAAUCAACAGAUUUAUAUUCCAUAGACCAGCUUCCAAUACCAUAUCACGAAAUGGAACGAUAUCUUCAUGCACGAGCCUGUUACAAUGCGAAAGAAUAUCAAAGAGCUUCAUUUUGGUUGAAAAAAUGUCAUUCAAAUAUACCAUUAUUCCUGAGAAUGUAUUCAGAUUAUUUGGCUGCUGACAGUAAUAUUAAAAAUAUUGGAAGUGAAGCAACACCUUCCAUGUUCAAAGAAUAUCGACAUUUUUUAGAAUAUUUAUCUGAGCUAUUAGAGUCUAUACGACAACAAAAAAGGGGGGAUGGGUAUUUGACAUAUUUACUUGGUAUGGUAUAUGUGAAAUUAGAACAAUACACGGCAGCUGUUAAUAUGCUAGUGGAAUCCAUAAAAGAGGUGCCACUCAAUUGGCAUGCAUGGAUGCAACUUGGUGAUCUUAUUGUAGAUCGAGUUAAGUUAUCAAAGCUAGAGUUACCCAAUCACUGGAUGAAAAACUUCUUCUACUGUCAAAAAUAUUUGGACUUGCAGUUAAACGAACAGAUGUUGGGAAUGACACAGUAUUUGUUCAACUGUGGUUUUAGCGACAGCAUAUUUCUCCAAUCUAGGGUGGCAGUAUGCUACCAUAACAAAAGAUACAUUGAAAUAGCAGUUCAAAAAUUUCAAGAGCUCAUUGAGAUUGAACCUUGUCGGCUGGAAAAUAUGGAUACCUAUUCAAAUUUAUUAUAUGUGCAACAUCAGCGAGUUGAAUUAGCUUAUCUUGCUCAGCGAGCAGUUAAAAUUGAUAAAUAUCGUGUGGAAACCUGUUGUAUUUUGGGCAACUAUUAUAGUCUUCACGGGGAACAUCAAAAAGCAAUGCGUUACUUUCAUCGCGCCCUUAAAUUGAAUCCUCUAUACUUGGCUGCCUGGACACUACUUGGUCAAGAAUAUAUGGAGCUUAAAAAUUCAAAUGAUGCCAUACAAAGUUACAGCAAAGCUUUGGAAAUAAACAAAUAUGAGUACAGAGCGUGGUAUGGUUUGGGUCAAACUUAUGAAAUACUUGGUAUGUUUAAACACAGCCUUUAUUUUUUCAAGCAGGCUCAGUUGCUGAGACCGUUUGACAGCCGUAUGAUAAUUGCUGUUGGCAAUGUAUAUGAGAAAUUAGGUAAUGUAGAUAUGGCAUUUCAAAGCUACCUAAAAGGACGAGCGAUGGGUGACGAUGAAAAGCUCGGUCUCAUAUACUUAGCAAAAUUGUACGUAGUUAUAAAUAGACCGAAUGAUGCUGCAAAAAUGUUUUUAGAAUACAUUGAAGAACACGGACUAGAUGAACAGACUCGUGAUCACAGCUAUGCUUAUAUGUUUCUUGCAAAUUACAAUCUGUCUCGUAUGAACUAUGAUCAAGCUUUUUAUUAUGCACAAAAAUGUUUAAACUAUGCAGAAACCAAAGAAGAAGCUAAAGCGUUAUUAAAAACUAUAGUUCAUGAAAGAGUAUUCAUGGAAAUUGAUAACUUCAUAUCGGGCACUUCGAUGAGUGAGAAACAAUCCAAGGAUUACGAUAAAGAAGAAAUGCCCAGACAGUUAGAAUUAUUGUCACUUACUCAAACAUCUGAAGUCAAUCAAAAUGAAGAUGAUGACGAUGACAAUACCGAUGAAGAAGAACACUUGUGUAAUUCAAUAUCAAGGUAUAUGAAUUUGGUGGAUUACAGUGAAUUAAAUAUUGAUUAAGAGYUAAAAUUAWUUAAAGUUAGURAAAUACUAUAAACUUGUGAAAUAGAUUAUUUUAAUGUUUUAAUUUUUAUAAAGAUUAAUUUAGUUUCAAUUAAAAAUAAGAUUAUGACCACUGAA